AUGUCUCAUCCAAAUGUUUUAGUACAUCCACGUCUCAUCGCUGGUUGUGGUCCACUCGAAGCACUAACAGAUAUUGACGUGGCAUCAAAGCAACACGUCAUAGCCUCUCCAUAUAUCAUUCUCAGUUCUGAUGCCGGCCUUUCAUGUCGUCAUAAUGCACAGGACAAAACUCUUAGCAUUCAAUGUAUUCACGGUGCGUGUGUCGGGUUCAUCAUUGUAGUGAGAGGAGCUUCAACAGUGACUGUGACUUGUGACCCAGGUAGUUGCGAUGGUGGAUCAAUGUGCCUUGAACUGGCUUUGGAAGGUGAGAGGCUAUGUAAGGCAGGGGACUGUCGUGCUGGCGUCGCAUUCUUUCAAGCCGCUAUACAGGCUGGUACAGAUGACCUGCGUACCCUCAGCGCUAUAUACAGCCAGUUGGGCAAUGCAUACUUCUACUUAGGAGAUUACAAUAAAGCUAUGCAAUAUCAUAAACAUGAUCUGACGUUAGCUAGGACAAUGAACGAUAAAUUAGGCGAAGCGAAAGCAUCAGGCAACUUGGGUAACACAUUGAAAGUAAUGGGUAAAUUCAAUGAGGCAAUCCAAUGCUGCAAACGGCAUUUAGAAAUCUCCCGUUCAUUGGGCGACAGGUUGAGUGAAGGUCGUGCGCUUUAUAACCUGGGGAACGUAUACCACGCGCAGGGGAAACAACUAGGCAGAGUCGGCCAGAAUGACCCAGGACAUUUCCCGCAGGAAGUUAGGGACUGUCUGCUACAGGCGGUUGCUUAUUAUGAAGAGAAUUUGGAAUUAAUGAGGAGUUUGGGUGAUCGUCAAGCUAUGGGUCGAGCAUGUGGAAAUCUGGGGAAUACUUGCUAUCUAUUGGGUGAUUUCACCCGAGCCAUAAAAUAUCACACAGAAAGACUUCGGAUAGCACAAGAAGUUGGUGAUCGUGCUGCUGAAAGAAGAGCUAACAGCAAUCUGGGCAAUUCACAUAUAUUCCUCGGUCAAUUUGAGAAUGCCGCUGAACAUUAUAAGCGUACGUUGGCGUUAGCCGAAGAUUUGGGCGAUGCAGCGGUUGAAGCUCAAGCGUGUUACUCUCUAGGUAACACGUAUACAUUAUUACGAGAGUAUAGGAUCGCCGAGGAAUAUCACGCGAGGCAUUUGUCUGCGGCUAGAAGAUUGCAGGACAGAGUAGGUGAAGGCAGAGCCUGCUGGUCGCUUGGUAACGCACACGCCGCGCUCGGGAAUCACGAGAAAGCUCUGUAUUACGCUAAGGAGCACUACAAUAUAUCCAAAGAGUUAGGGGACGUUCUUGGUAUGGCCACAGCACAGAUGAAUAUAGGGGAUCUGUGCAAAGUCCUGGGUCUGCCCAUAGAAGAAACCCCAACCCUGCCUGAUGAUGCACCUGCCCCUAGGACGCCCUUCAAUGCCCUCAGGGUGAGAAGACAGAGUAUGGAACAGCUAUCAUUAAUACAGAUAACUCCUGACUCCAAGAAGAAAGACGAAAAUAUAAGCCGUGGCGAAUCUGAUGAAGGUGAUCCUUCGGAGUUUAUCGAGCUGGUCGCGCGCUGUCAGUCUGAUAGAAUGGAUGAGCAGCGAGCGAGCUUGGACAAAGACAAGGAGAACAGACCCAAGCUACAGAGAUCCGCUAGCAACGGAAAAAACCAGGCUUCGGACAGCGUGGUUGAUAUGAUGGAGAUGAUAUCGGUGCUGCAGUCCGAGCGCAUGGACUCCCAGCGCGCGGAGCUUCGCCCCAUCAAGAAGACCAAAGAGACGAAGGCCACCUCCCUGCCGGGCCUUCGCCCCCUGCUCACCAGCAGCACCCGCCCGGAGGAGGACUUCCUUGACAUGAUCGCUCGUGUCCAGGGAACUCGUCUAGACGAUCAGCGUUCGGAGCUGCCUCGUCCGAAGCCUAAGGAGGCUGUCCCAGACGACGCUUUCUUCAACCAACUGAUGAGAGUUCAGUCUGGACGUAUGGAAGAUCAGCGGGCCAGCAUCCCGCUGAAAUCAUCCAACUCCAAGAAGUAA